CUUCUUCACUCUCGUCUCUACAUUUUAUCUCAACAGGUUGUGACAGCAAGCUUCGAUUAAAACCCUAAAAAAUUCAAAUCACAGUGAGAAGGUCUUGGUUGAUUCAGAAACCAUGAAAACAAGAGCUGAAGUUAUGAUCGAACAGACCAACAAGAAGACGACUUUUGCUGAUUGUGGUUUUUGGCGUGGUGGUCAUAAGGUUGAAGAAGAGAGAAAGCCACGUUGCUUGAAACCCAAGCUUCGUUUAAACAAUCUCACACCAAGUUUCAGCAGCUAUGAGUUUACUCGAUGGCCUUUCUUCAGAUGAUCCUUCAAUACAGCUUGAAUCCGCUACCAAGAUCAACAGGUUUCUAUUAGAUGGAAUGAAAGGAAACAGUACUCUUAAUAUCGAAGAUCUGAUACGAUCUGGAGUUGUAGCUCGUUUCGUCCACUUUCUCUGCAAUGACGAGCUCCCUUUGCUUCAAUAUGAGGCAGCUUGCGGUCUAACAAUCAUUGCUGAUCUUAAACCGGAUCUGGUAGUUGAUCAGGAUGCUGGUCCAAUCUUAGUCGAGCUUCUUGAUUCUCCUAAACAUUAUGUCCGUCAGCAGGCUAUAUGGGCACUGGGUAAUGUUGCUAAUCAUACGAUACACCGUGACUAUGUUCUUGGAUGUGAGGUAUUGAAGCCACUGCUGAGUCAGCUGUACAAGGAUACUAACUUGUCGAUGCUCAGAAUUGCCACUCGGACUUUGUCUUACUUGUGUCAUGGCAUGCCUCCGCCUACCUUUGACGAGGUGAAACCUGCACUUGAAAUACAUCUUAAUUCAAGUGAUGAAGAAGUCUUGAAGUAUGUUUGCUGGGCAAUUUCGUAUCUGUGUGAUGGUUCAGAAGAUGUAAUCCAAAGUGUUAUUGAAGCUGGUUUUGUCCCAAAACUAGUUGAAGUUCUCCGACACCCUUCUCCAGUUGUGCUUGUUCCUGCACUUCAUACCAUUAGGACCAUAGUUACUGCAAAUAAUCACCGGAUCCAAUGUGUGAUCAAUUGUGGUGCUUUACCCAUUCUUGGCGACCUGUUAUCUCGAGACUAUGGGAGAUACAUAAAGAUAGACACUUUCAAUACGAUUAUAAGCAUCACUUCAGGCUUUGGAGAACAAAUUCAGUCAAUUAUUGAUGCAAAUAUGAUUCCAAAGUUGGUAUAUCUGGCUCAAAAUACUGAACUGGAGUUGCAGAACGAAGCUGUAUGGGCAAUUUGCAAUGUGACCACAGGUUGUUCUGAUGAUCAAAUCAAAUACUUGGUGGAGCAGGGUUGCAUAAAGCCUUUAUGUGAUCUCCUGGUAUGUUCAGACGUAAAGAUCAUCUCAGCGUGUCUGGAAGGAUUGGAAAAAAUGUUGAAUGUCGGAGAGGCAGAGAAGAACAUAGGAGAGGUGAACAAUUACUGUCAGCUGAUUGAAGGUGCGGAAGGGCUAGAAAAGAUUGAGUACCUGCAAAAACACGAAAGCGAGGAGAUCUACGAGAAGGCUUUGAAGAUUCUGGAGACAUACUGGGAUGAAGAGGAUGAUGAGGAGACACAACGACCUCCAAGUCCAAGGUGAUGGAUCUUGGCGACAUUUUGAUCUCUCCGUCACUGGUUCGUCAAUUGAAAGUACAGAGUCGAUAGAAGAGCUUUUGCUCCAUUUUUCAAGUUUGAUGUUUACUUUUGUUUCGUUGACGUUCUGAGGUUAUUGGAGAUGUCUUAUGAGUAAAAAAUAAACAAACUAAAAAGAAACAAAAGAAAACUUAGCCUCAAAUAACAAGAAAAUCCUAAUGGUUAAUUGCUUUGUUUCCCUGCAACGAUCUUAAAA